AUAAGCCACAGUUAAUAACUUCUUAAUUUUUUAUUCGUCUCCGCGGCGGUUGAAUGUGGUUCCCGUAACUACGCAUAUUUUUGAUCUUGGGGACUGCGUAUGUGUUGUCCCUGUUUCUCUUUUAUUUCCAAAAUCGCUGCGAUUGGAGUGAGAGAAGGAGUGUAAUAAUUCUACUCAGAGCCAUAUAUUGAAUGAAUGGAAAAUGAAAACUUCUUAAUUUGAUAAGAAAUCUUGCUAAUUUAUUGCCAUCUCCGUGUUGUUCAUGAAAAUUACAUGUCGCAGAUAUAUCUUAAAUAAUAACAGCGAACGAUGGUUAGACAUUUGGUACAACGUGUAUUUAUGUCAUAUUUGUUGAAAGCUCCACUGCAACACCAAAAAUCUGUACUAUCGGAAAGAUGUUCCUUUCUCAACACAUUUGUCUGCCAGAAACGGCUAACGCACAAAGACAUUGAAAUAUUGGAUCAUACCUGUGAGAUAUCAAGUUACAAUGAUUAUCGAAUAAAUUACAAACCCAUCGUACAAGUUAUGAUACAAACUCUCAAAGAGAUAUUGAAUACAUCAACGUACGAAACUAACAAAAUUAUAACAGCUUAUCCGCAACUUAAGAAAAAAUCCAGAGCAAAUGUUCUGAACAAUUAUUACAAUCUGUUAGAAGCUGGUGUACAGAAAAAUGUUAUUACAAAGAAUAUUUGGUUAUUGGCUCAUGAUGUUACUAAACUCAAAGAGAAACUCGAUUGUAUUAGCACUCUUAAAAUGAACAAUGAAGAACUUUUACCAUUGUUACGGCUCACUCAGGAUGAACUAGUAAAUAAUAUAAACUAUGUUCAAACCGACUCAGUACCUUAUGGAUAUAAUAAGAUUGAAUAUCUUGCUUAUAAAUUAGAGUGUGGUAUAGAAGAAUUAUGUAAAUUAACAGUGCGAUGUUCAUUCUUAUUAAGAAUUCCUGUUUCUUACAUAGACAAAAAAUUAAAUGUAUUAUAUGAAUAUAAUAUAAGCAAUAAAAAUAUAUUAAAGGAUUUAUGGGUACUUCGAUAUAGUGAGAAUCACAUACGCCACAGAUGUGAAUUAUAUAAAGAUACAGGAAAUUUAGAUAUAAAAACAUGGGCUAUAAGAUGUCCACUUAGAGUUGUAAAAAGAGCUAUUCACAAAAAUUAUGUAACACGCGAUUUACUGCAACAUCAUGAUAACAUUAGUGAUUAUUUGUUAAAUAAAUUAAAAGUCAAAGAAGAAGAGCUGAAAGUUUUGACCUCAAAAUGGCCAAAUGUUUUACGGGUGCAUCCAAUGAAAUUGAAUAAGCUAAUUAAUAUUCUACAUGAAACUGGCAUUACUAGUAAUGAUAUAAUACGAACGGGAGGAUUGAUCUUUCACUUUAAUACAGAAAACGUACAAAAGCGAAUUGAGAUAUUGAAUAAAAAAAACAUACCUGUACAAAUUUCUACAUUAAAACUGUCUGAGCAAUUGUUUCAUCGAUAUAUAGAAAAAAAGGAAAAAUCUGAGAGAAGAGAACUGUUAUUGGAAUUUUAUCAAAAUAACAAGGGAUACUUGAUGUAUAAGCUUAAUGUCAACGAAAAAACUAUUGAUGAUUUUUUCGUAAAAUGGCCACAAGUCACAAGAGUGGAUAUACUAAAGCUGAAAGAAUUACUCGACAUGUUGUAUCAAUACAAUUUUACGCAUAACGAAAUAUUGACACACGGACGGAUUUUCUAUUUUAAGAUAGAAACUCUUCGCAAACGGAUAGAAAUAUUAAUAGAAGCUGGUUUGACACCAAAGAUCACCAGAAUACUGUUCAGCAAAGACCACUUCGAUAAUUUUGUAAGAUCACAUAAAAUAAAAUAAUACAUAUAGAUUAAAAAUAUUGUAUUAAUAUAAAUU